GGCUCGCGUCACGGGGAUGUAGCUGAAAGAAUAAUAAGUCCUAUCAUAUGCAGAGAGGGAGAGACAGCUACAUCAACAGUUAUGUUUUGUUUUCCCUUUUGGACAUGAAAUGACAAAAUCAUGGGGGCCAAAGAAUCUAGAAUUGGUUUUCUUUCUUACGACGAGGCCGUUAAAAGAGUCACUGAUGUGGAGCUGAAAAGACUGAGGGAUGCAUUCAGGAGGACCUGUGGCCUGUCCUGCUAUAUGAGUCAGCAAUGUUUCUUCAAAGAAGUGUUAGGGGACAUGGUUCCACUCAAUAUCUCUGAGGUGAUCUAUAGUUCGUUUGGUGGCACGUCCAAAGGUCUGCAUUUUAACAACCUUGUCGUGGGCUUGGUGCUGCUCACAAGAGGACGUGAUGAAGAAAAGGCGAGAUACAUUUUUAGUUUAUUUGCCAGUGAAUCAGGCAGCUAUGCCACACUCGAAGACAUUGAAGCCAUGCUACAAGCCGUGGAUGGAGAAGUUCAUCCCUCUCUGAGGAAGUGUUUUACAGAGGCCGAAAAGGUCAAUUAUGAGAAGUUUAAGAGCUGGCUGCUUCAAAACAAGGACGCUUUUACCUUCUCCCGCUGGCUCCUGUCCAGUGGAGUGUGCGUGACUCUGACCGAUGACAGCGACACACCCACCUUCUACCAGACGUUAGCCGGUGUCACACACCUGGAAGAGUCUGAUAUUAUUGACUUGGAGAAGCGAUACUGGUUACUGAAAGCUCAGUCAAGAACUGGACGCUUUGACUUGGAGACAUUUGUGCCGUUGGUGUCCCCUCCUAUCCAUCCAUCCAUAAGUGAAGGUUUGUUUCAUGCAUUUGAUGAGAACAGAGACAAUCACAUCGAUUUCAAAGAGAUUUCCUGUGGGUUGUCAGCCUGCUGCAGAGGACCUCUGGCUGAAAGGCAGAAAUUUUGUUUUAAAGUAUUUGAUGUUGACCGUGACGGAGUUCUUUGUCGAGAAGAAAUCCAUGAGAUGGUUGUUGCACUGCUGGAAGUCUGGAGGGACAAUCGUACUGACUCAAUCCCUGAAUUACAGACAAGUGUGCCUAAUAUUGUUGAAGACAUUCUCAAAGUACAUGACACUACUAAGAAGGGCCAUUUAACACUCGAAGACUAUCAGAUAUGGAGCGUUCAGAGUGCACUUGCUGCCGAGUUUCUCAACCUCCUAUUUCAGGUAUGUCAUAUCGUUCUUGGACUGCGGCCUGCCACUCCUGAAGAGGAAGGACAGAUCAUCAGGGGCUGGUUAGAGAGAGAAAGUCGGCAUGGCCUCCAACCUGGAGAUUACUGGUUUCUUAUCGCAUCACAGUGGUGGCAGCAGUGGAAGGACUAUGUCAAAUAUGACAACAAGCUGAUAGUGGUGGAACAACCUGCAGUAUUUCCUAGCAGUAGAACUCCUACCUCAUCUGCAGGCAUGGAACAAGGGGGUCAGGGAGAGGGCACGGCAAGCUCACACUCAUCCCCAGAAGAGAAGUUAUCUGACAACAUUUCUAGUGCCUCUGAAGCAUCAGAAACGACAAGUGGCAGUCUCCUCCAUUCCAGCUCGACUGCCACAGAUAUCUGUUUCUCCCGACAGACUGAUUCGUCUGAGGUAGACAGCCAGAGUUUCCCUGGGGCUGAUGGGAAUGUGACAGCACUUAGACCAGGUGCCAUAGACAACCAGCCACUGGUGACCUCAGAGCCUCUCAAAGCCCCCACACUAACAAUGGAAGGGGCACUGUUGAGACGCUCUCCCAGCCUGCAUCUGGGCCAGGACUUUGAAGUUGUACCUGAGCCAGUCUGGAGAGCUCUUUACCACUGGUAUGGAGCAAACCUCAGCCUGCCCCGUCCAGUGAUCAGGUCGAGGGACAUGGAGAAAGCCGAGUUAGAAUUUUUCCCCAGACACCUGCUGUUCCUGAGACAGCAGCCUCCAGCACGCACACCGCAGUCUAAUGGCUGGAUGAACAUGGGUAAUAUGCCAUCUCCCACUAGCCCUCUGAAGCGGGUGCUGGCCUACACUGGCUGCUUUAGCCGAGUGGGAACAAUAAAGGACAUUCACGAGUAUCUGUCUCAGAGGCUUCGGAUUAAAGAAGAGGAUAUGAGACUGUGGCUUUUCAUGAAUGAGAAUUAUUUGACCCUUCUUGAUGAUGAGGAUCAUUCACUAGAAGCGCUAAAGAUCCCAGAUGAACAGUACAUGGUUAUUGAAGUGCGCAACAAAGACAUGAGCUGGCCUGAGGAGAUGUCAUUUUUAGCAAACAGCAACAGAAUGAACAGACACAAAGUGCCCACUGAGAAAGGGGCCACGGGACUCAGUAACCUCGGAAACACGUGUUUUAUGAAUUCCAGCAUUCAGUGUGUGAGCAACACCAAACCUCUUACAGACUACUUUACAUCCGGGUGUCACCUUUAUGAGCUUAACAGAACUAAUCCUAUUGGGAUGCGAGGACACAUGGCGAAAUGCUACGGUGAUCUCAUCCAGGAACUGUGGAGUGGUGCUCAGAAAAGUAUUGCUCCACUGAAACUCAGGUGGACUAUCGCAAAGUAUGCUCCACGGUUUGAUGGCUUCCAACAGCAAGAUUCUCAAGAACUGCUGGCCUUUCUGUUAGAUGGCCUUCAUGAAGAUCUUAACCGUGUCCAUGAUAAACCCUAUGUGGAGCUGAAGGACAGCGAUGGCAGACCUGACUGGGAAGUUGCAUCAGAGGCAUGGGAGAAUCAUUUGCGAAGAAACCGCUCGAUUGUGGUGGACCUGUUCCAUGGUCAGCUUAGAUCUCAGGUCAAGUGCAAAACAUGUGGCCAUGUUAGUGCUCGCUUCGACCCAUUUAACUUCCUUUCCCUUCCUCUGCCCAUGGACAACUCCAUGCACCUUGAGAUCAUAGUUAUAAGGCUUGAUGGCUCAACGCCAGUGAGGUAUGGGCUCAGACUCAACGUGGAUGAGAAAUACUCUGGCUUGAAGUGUCUGCUAAGUGAAUUAUGCCAUCUGAGACCAGAACAGAUCCUCCUGGUGGAGAUCCAUUUGUCUUGCAUUAAGAAUUUUCCAUCAGAUAAUCAGAAAGUACGGCGUGCUGUGAGUGGUUUCCUAUGUGCAUUUGAAAUCCCACUGCCCUCUACACCUUCGCCAGACUCCUCACCGAAGGAAGCAGGCUCUGAGGACCUCCCAACAGUUUCAAAUGGAACCAGCCCAGCAGUCUACAGUGGUACAUCCCUGAGGCUUGACAUAAUUCCUAAGGGAAUGCCAAAUACUGUGGUGCCCUGUAGCACAGAAGGCAGCCCUGCCAACGGCCUCCCUAAUGGCCACAUCAUGUUACACGCUGCCAGCCCCUUCAUUGGGUACAUCAUAGCCAUCCACCGGAAAAUGAUGCGUGCCGAAUUGUACUUCUUAUCAUCGCAGAAAAAUCGUCCCAGUCUAUUUGGCAUGCCACUCAUUGUUCCCUGCACAGCAGACACACGUGGUCGUGACUUGUACAACACAGUGUGGACACAAGUGUCCCGUUUGGCUAGUCCUCUGCCCCCUCAGGAGUCGAGCAACCAUGCACAAGACUGUGAUGACAGUCUGGGUUACCACUACCCCUUCACCCUCCGUGUUGUGCAAGGAGAUGGGAACUCUUGUGCCUGGUGUCCGUGGUACAAGUUCUGCAGAGGGUGUAUCAUAGAGUGUAACGAUGACAGGGCUAUAGUAGGCAAUGUUUGCAUAGCUGUUGAUUGGGACCCUACUGCAUUGCACCUCCGCUACCAGACUUCCCAAGAGAGGCUGGUGGAGGAACACGUGAGUGUGGAGCGGAGUCGUCGUGCUCAGGCUGAGCCAAUCAGUCUGGACAGCUGCCUUAGAGCCUUCACUACUGAAGAGGAGCUGGGUGAAAAUGAGCUCUACUAUUGCUCCAAGUGCAAAACCCACCGACUGGCCACCAAGAAACUGGACAUCUGGAGACUUCCACCAAUACUGAUUGUGCAUUUGAAGCGGUUCCAGUUUGUCAACAAUCGCUGGAUUAAAUCUCAAAAGAUCGUGCAGUUUCCCAGGGAUACCUUUGACCCGAGUGCAUUUUUGACCCCACGAGAAGUAAACCACAGUCAGCAGGGGUGGUGGAGAGGUGGUUUGGCAGAGGAGUUGUUUGACAAGGAACAUGUGACAAAUUCUGGAGAUCCACCCUCAACUCCCACAUCACUCAACAUUAAUAAUAUUAAAGAGUCCCAGAGUUCCAGUAGGUUGUUGUCUUCCUCUCUCAGCCGAGGAUGCAGUCCCAUUAGUAGCCCUAAAGGCGACAUGUGCAAGCAGGGGCAGAAGAGGGCACCCAGGCAGGACUCACGUCUGGAGCUGUCAUUUAGUAGGGAGAGUCUGGACAGUGGAAGAGAAAGUCCUGUGGAGCUGGAGCAAUGCAAGCAAGAGACUCAGAAUGAAGCUGAAGCUACAGGCCUGGACUCUGCACUGGGGGAUGAGCCGGUCAGAGACUGUGACAAUGCUACAACAGUUUCAGAGCUGGAGAGCAACGGCUGUACUGAGGACAGCAUAGACCUGGAGGCCUCACAGAACCAAAGAGACAGGAUCUGUCUGGAGCCUAUCUAUGACUUGUAUGCAAUAUCGUGCCACUCAGGGAUACUCGGAGGAGGCCAUUAUGUCACGUAUGCCAAAAACCCCAAUGGGAAAUGGUACUGUUACAACGACAGCAGCUGCAAGGAAGUGAAUCCGGAGGAGAUUGACACAGAUUCGGCGUACAUCCUCUUCUAUGAGCAGCAGGGAGUGGAUUACUCUCUGUUCAUGCCAAAGACUGACGGGAAAAAGAUGGCUGACACCAGCAGCAUGGACGAGGAUUUUGAAACGGACUACAAGAAGUACUGUGUCCUUCAGUGAUGCCUGCGCUGUCACUCAAACACUCAAAAUGAUCCAUUAUCUCAGAUUGAGAAUUUUUCUUUCUUUUUUUUUGUAGCCAAACUGUGGUACUGUCAAGUUGUUUUUGGCUUGCACUGUCUGACAACUCUGUCUGAUCUCUUGGCAGUUUGUCUCGCUCACUGAUUUUAAUUUCUCUGUGAUGUGAUUUUAUUUUUAUUUUAUUUUUUUAUUUUAAUGUACAUAAUGAAUUAGUAAGUGCCGGUCACAUACUGUACAAAACAUACAAGAUGAGGAUAGUCAUUCACAUGGAUGUGCACUUGGUACUAGUCUAUUUAUUGUUAAACUUUUAACGGUCCUGUGGCAUUAAGUAUGAUUUUUUUUUUUUUUUUUUUUUU